AUGAACUUUAAAUAUUUCUAGCCUUGUUGUUAGGUGAGAAUUACUUUUAACAUAGGUUUAAAAUAGUCUUAGGGAAUUGAGUCUAUAAUACCAAUAAUUUUGAAUUUUAUUUCUGGAAUAACAUUUUUUGUAGUUAAAUACAAAGAUUACAAUAUGGUAAAAGUUGUAUGGAAAUUGAAAUUAUUAAUAAUAUUGAUAUAAGUAUCUAUGAAUGUGGAAAUGAGUCAAUAUUGUUUAAUUAUAGUUCAUUUGAUAGAUGAUUAAUUGUUGAAAGGUUUUUGUUUAGGAACUGCAUUAUUGAUAAACAUAAUAUAAGAUCAAGAAACAAAUUACAUAACAACAUUACCAAAUAGUAUUUUAUUAUUUUUGAAUAUCAUAAUCUGGUUCUGGUUGAUUUUAAUGAAUUGCAUAUAUACAAAAGUUGGGAAUGCUUAUAUUGAUUAGUGUGUUCAAUAAAAAUCACUUUAAUGUAUUGAUAAUAUGAAUAUUUAGUGAAAGAAUCUAUUAAUAAUAGAGAUAUUGGUAGUAGAGUAAAUUAACAAUAAUCUAUGAUGUAAGAAUUGAAUCCACUGAAAAUGGAAUGUAAUGAAGAUGAAUAGAUUUUAAAACAUGUAGCAUGGAUAUAAAAUUAAUCAGUGUUGGUUUACAACAAUAAGCUUAAUAUUGUUUAUUAGAAUAUAUUUUUAGGAAAAUUAUUAAAAUAAUCAACUUUAGAUGAAUAAUAAACAUAAUAAUAAUCAAAGCCUGAUUAUGAAGAACAAUUUUUAUGUAGUUAGAUUUUAAUUGGUAGUAAAGAAUUAAUUGAUAUCAAUAAUAAUAAUGAAUAAUCAAUAAAUAGCGAGUAUUUUUAUUAAUUUAUAAUUUUUAAGUGGUUCCUUCCUGUUGAAUAAGAUGAAUGAUUCUCAUAAGUGCCAAUUGAAGUCAUAACUCACAAUACGAGACUUGAUUUUGAUGAUGCAAAUAUAGUUCGAUAAGUAGUUUACUUGGAAUUAAAGAGAUGGUGCACGUGUAUGGUUACUCUGUUUGCAUUGAAGAGCGAUGUGCUAGAUUUUGAGAAUGUCCAAGUCAAAACUUUUGUGAAUAAGAUAAAUGAGUCCUUCUAUGUCUUUUUUCUUUUUGAAUAGAAACCAAGACAAAAGAAAACUUUAGAUAGUAGCCUUCCAAUAAUUAAUGUAUUCACUACUUUUGUUCAUGAAUCAGUAAGUUAUAUUAAUUGUAUUUUAACACUUAUUUUAUUAACCUAAAGUGACACUGAGAACAAUCAGAAAAUAUCUCUUAAAUAGAAUUAUUAUACACCAAUAAAACUAAUAAGUUAAAGAUUCUUUUUAUUUGUAAAUAAUAUGAGAGAUUAUAUAUUUUAUAUCUAAAAUUAAUUGUUUUUGAAAAUAUCAGCAUUUAGAGUGAGUGAUCUAGUUGAAGAGAUAAUAAAUAUUUUUGAAGAUAAUUUAAAGAUUAGAGAAGUUAAUUUAAUAACUUCAAUAGAUUUAAGUGAUAAUAAUUAAGUUUUAUUCACUGAUAUUGAUAGAGUAAAAUUAAAAUAUUUAAUUAGUUAAAAUAAAUUUUAGCUUGUUUAUUAACUUAUUGUUUAAAGUAUACUUCAGGAUCAACAUUGAAAUUAGAUAUUAAAAGUUAUACUGUUAGUGGAAUUAUGAUUUCAUUUAAAGAUAGUAUGAUUGCAAAAGAUGAAAAUCUUAGAAAAUCUAUAUCCAUUUUAAUUAAGUCUUUGAAUUCAUCCCUUAAAUCUUCAUCAUUUUAUUAAGUGGAUCUUAAUAAUUUAUUAGAAUUAUAAAUUUGUGUUAUAUUAUGUUGGUAAUUAAGUGGUUCUUUUAAAAGAGGAAUCGAAUUUCUAUAUGAUAGUUAAGGAUAUGGAACAUUUACAUUUGUUGUAGAAUCAUAAACUAGUCAAUAAAGAAUGCAAAGUCGUUAAGAUACAGGUCCAAUAAAGAUUAUAGGAUAAAGAAAAUAUUAUGAAACAUCAUUAUCUUUAUUGUUAGCUUAAGAUAGUAGUGGCUAUAGAGAAGAAUCAAAGUAUAUAUUAUUAAUAAUUAGAUAUUAUACCUUAAGUCAAUUAUCAAAAUAAUUCUCUAUGAAACCUGGGGAUGCAUUUGAUGUUCAGAGUGCUUAUUUCUCUUAAAUCUCAAGAAUUAAAUAAGAUUCAUCAAAUUCUAAAUAAGUUUAAAAUUCUGGAUCUAUUCCAAAAUAAUCAAAAGAAUAGAGUAAUAGUCAUUCUGGUACUUGGAAAUAAGCCUUUCCAGAUUCAGUUUAAUAAACAUAUAAAAAGAAUAGGAAUGAAAGAAGUGAAUCAUAAUAGGAUUCUGUUAAAACUCAUUCUGUAUAUGAUUUAGGAUUAGAAAUGAGUACUCCAUCUAUACAUCCUCCUGAAUUCACUCCUAAAUUACUUCCAUCUGUUAUUAAGUACAGAUUAAGAUUGACAUGUUGUUCUAAAGUUUUGAUUGUUGAUAAUGAUCAUUAUAGUGUAUUAUCAUUAUAGAAGGUGUUAGAAAAAUAUAAUAUAAAAUGUGAUAAAGCAUUCAAUGGUGUAGAGGCUCAAUAAAUGAUUUCAAAUAAAUAAAUUAAACCUUGUCAUUGUGGAAAUAGAUCAUAUUUAUUAUUUUUUAUUGAAUUUUAUUUGCCUGUAUGUAUUAAUAUAAAUUAUAGCUUUUUUCAGGAAUUGAAUUGGUGAAAUUUUUAAAGGAUUAGAUGAAAAUUGGAUUAAUUGAUAAAGGAUUUGCAAUAAUUAUUUCAACUUUUAUUGAUUUGAACUCGAAAUUGGAAUGUUUUAAGAAUGGUGCAGAUUACUUUAUUGCAAAACCUUUUGAUUUGAUAGAUAUUGGAGCUGCAGUUUAAUAUUUAGAUUUUUGA